UGGUGAACGUGGUGAGCAGCAGGUGGCGGUAACUCACCACACAGGCCUCAGCAAGCAACCGGAAAUAACAAGUAUGGAGAGACGAAGAAGAAGGAGGAAAACCAACUGAGAAGGCGCGUAUUACAGGAAGCAGAAGGUCAGUCCAGAAAUAUGUCGCGACAGAUGGGAGACAGCCAUCGCAGGUUCCUACAGACCAUGAUGGGCAGUGGCAUCAUCGAUCAACAAGGGGCAAAGACACUCUAUCAGUAUUGUUGUGAAACCCACAACACACAGCACACCCCAGACAAACUGGAUGAUUUCAUUGAGACCAUCAACUCCAAGCUGCAGCCCAUGUUCAUGCAGAUAAGAAAAGGGAUGUCUGAGGACAACGGUCAGCAGUACUACGCCUUGGUCAACAUGGCUGAGACUGAUGUCACCAGGAUGUCCUCAGAUUAUGCUGACAAUGAACUGGAGCUGUUCGGAAAAACGAUUGAGCUGAUCGUGGGCUCUGAGAAUGGCAAAGCCUCUUCCACUGACAUCCUGAACAGCGCCGACACCCUGACCACCAAAAAACUGAAGAAGAGCGAGACGGAGCACGUCUUGAACCGACUCGUGCAUGACAAAUGGCUGAAUGAGAAACGGGGUGAAUACACUUUGUCCACCAGAUGUAUAAUCGAGAUGGAGCCGUACAUCCGUACAAUGUAUCAGGACCAGGUGAAAAUGUGUCACAUUUGUCGCAACAUGGCUUUUCAGUGCCAAAUUUGUGAGAAUCCUUCAUGUGGGAUAAAGAUACACAACCCAUGUGUGGCAAGAUACUUUAAAGGAAGAUCAGAGCCACGGUGUCCUGCUUGUGAUGACUUCUGGCCGCAUGAAAUCCCUGAAGUCAGACAAACCCGCUCUCAGUCCAGAAGAUGAGGACUUCACCAACAAAUGUGUUUGUGUUUUCUUAAAACUGUUUAAUAUUUUAACAUGCCUUUGUGAUAAACCAAAUUGUUAAUAUAAAUGUUUUGUUAUUUUUACAAAAAUAAACGAGAAUGUGUUCUA